UUGAUGGAUUUGCUUUUAGUAAAAUUUGUUCAUCGCUUCAGUUGUGUUAAUCAAAGUAGCCACAUGCGUUUGUUUUUGAGUGUUUUAUUCAAAGCUCUGUGAAAAAAGUCACUUUUCAGCCUGAAUAUUCAAUUUUUAAUGUUAUAAGUGUCUAAAAUAAGGAUCCACGAUGCCGAAGGAACAAUUUCGAGAAGCGGAUGUCAUAAAAAAGAUAUCCAAGGUCCAGUUCGGCAUGAACAGUGCCGAUAUGAUCCAGCAGGAGUCUCACAUCCAGGUUGUGUCGAAGAACCUCUACAACCAGGAGCAAUUGAGAGUACCGGUUGCCUAUGGAGUUCUAGACAGAAGAAUGGGAAUCAGCCAGAAGGAUGCCACGUGUGAGACCUGCAAUCAGGGACUGAAUGAAUGUAUUGGUCACUUUGGGUAUCUCAAUUUAGCUCUUCCGGUCUUCCACGUUGGCCACUUUCGUUCAACAAUCACCAUCCUUCAGUCCAUCUGCAAAACUUGCAGCCGAGUGAUGCUGAAAGAGGAGGACAAACGGGCCUAUACCAAACGCCUUCUAAACCCUGAUCUCUCCUAUUUAGCGAAGAAAUCCAUCCAUGCACAGAUUCUGGCCAAAGCCAAGAAAUGCACAAAAUGCAGGUACUGCGGUGCCCUCAAUGGCCCUGUCAAGAAGGGUCCUGGCCUCAUGAAGAUAGUCCAUGAUAAUUACCGUGGAAAGAAGCCAAGUGAUCCCCUGGUAUCAAAUAUCCUGGAUGAAAUGCUCCAAUCCACGGAGAAUAACAGGGAUUUGGCCCAAUAUAUUGGACUAUCUUCCCUGGUGCAAGAACUGAAUCCUCUUCAGGUGCUCGAUCUCUUCAAGAGCAUCCCAAAAAGCGAUAUUCCACUCCUUGGGAUGACUUCUCCGGAUGCCAGCCCCACUAAUUUGAUUGUGACACGCCUUUAUGUGCCUCCAGUGUGUAUCCGUCCGUCUGUUGUGUCGGAAAUUAAGGCAGGAACCACUGAAGAUGAUAUUACAAUGAAACAGAGUGAGAUUUUGUUGAUUAAUGAUGUGAUUGCUAAGCACACAUCAACAGGUGGUAAGGUUGAAUUGAUUCAGGAAGAUUGGGAUUUUCUGCAGCUCCAUGUAGCACUAUAUUUCAAUAGUGAAGUAUCUGGUGUUCCUCUGACGAUGAUUCCCAAAAAGCAGACAAGGGGCAUUGUGCAGCGUCUGAAGGGGAAACAGGGUAGAUUCAGAGGAAAUUUAUCGGGGAAGCGUGUAGAUUUCUCAGCACGAACUGUAAUUUCGCCAGAUCCCAAUUUGCUCAUUCAUCAGGUGGGAGUACCUGAGAGAGUAGCCAAAAUUCUUACAUAUCCCGAACGUGUGCAUCCUCGGAACAUUGAAAAAAUGAAACAAUUGGUGCAAAAUGGCACAGAGAAGCAUCCGGGAGCGAAUUAUGUGCAGCAGAAGGGGAGUGCCUUCAAGAAAUAUCUGGCUUAUGGGAAUCGUGAUAAAAUAGCUCAUGAUUUGAGAUGUGGGGACAUUGUUGAGAGACAUCUGGUAGAUGGGGAUAUUGUGUUGUUCAAUCGACAACCCUCACUUCACAAACUCAGCAUUAUGUGCCAUCAGGCCAAGGUACAGCCUCAGAGAACAUUCAGAUUCAAUGAGUGCGCUUGCACACCGUACAAUGCUGACUUCGAUGGCGAUGAAAUGAAUCUGCAUCUGCCUCAGACAGAAGAGGCCAGAGCUGAGGCAUGGAUUCUCAUGGGGAAUAAAUCAAAUCUCGUAACGCCCAAAAAUGGUGAAUUAUUGAUUGCUGCUACUCAAGAUUUCAUAACAGGAGGCUAUGUGCUAACGCAAAAGGAUGAGUUUCUUACCAAGGAACGUGCCAUGCAACUUGCCACGUGUCUCAUUGCUGGACCAGAUGCCAAUAUGACGGUGGAAUUACCACCGCCUGCAAUCCUGAAACCACGUGUUUUGUGGACUGGAAAACAAAUUUUCAGUUUGAUCAUGAAACCUCAUCGGAAAUCGUCUACAUUGAUCAAUUUGGAGACAAAAGGAAAGAAUUAUACGACAAAUCUGGAUCUCUGUUGCAAGGAUUCAUAUGUGGUCAUUAGGAAUUCAGAGAUAAUGUGUGGUGUCAUGGAUAAGAGUACGAUGGGUUCUGGUACUAAGAAAUGCAUCUUUUACGUGCUUCUGCGUGACUAUGGGGAAGAGGAGGCAACCAGAGCCAUGUGGAGACUCUCAAAGAUGACUUCGUACAUGAUAAUGAAUCGAGGAUUCUCCUUUGGUGUGGGUGAUGUGACGCCUAGUCGUAUUUUGCUUGGAGAGAAGCAAAAACUCCUGGACAAUGGAUAUUCAAAGUGCAGUGAUUACAUUUCAAAGAUGAAAAGUGGAACGUUACAGUGUCAGCCAGGAUGUACGCUUGAGGAAACUCUUGAGGCUGUGAUGUUGCGUGAAUUGUCGAGUAUCCGUGAGUUGGCAGCUAAAGCCUGCUUCAAUGAACUCCAUCGGACAAAUAGUGCCCUGAUAAUGGCUCAAUCGGGCUCUAAGGGGUCCAAUAUUAAUAUCUCUCAAAUGAUUGCUUGUGUGGGUCAGCAGGCUAUCAAUGGCAAGAGAGUUCCCAAUGGCUAUGAAGAUAGGAGUCUGCCACAUUUUGAGAAAUUCUCCAAAAUCCCAGCUGCUCGUGGUUUUGUCCAGAACAGCUUCUUCUCUGGACUCACUCCUACGGAAUUCUUCUUUCACACCAUGGCUGGAAGGGAGGGUCUUGUGGAUACGGCUGUGAAGACUGCUGAGACGGGAUACUUGCAGAGACGUCUGGUGAAGUGUUUGGAGGAUCUUGUUGUGCACUACGAUGGAACAGUGAGGAAUGCAAUUGGGGAAGUUGUGGAGUUUACAUACGGAGGCGAUGGCUUAGAUCCGGUUUUCAUGGAAGUACAGUGCAAACCGGUGGAUUUGGAGAGACAAUUUAUGCAUAUUCGCGCUAUUGAUGGUCAUCGGGAUGAAGAAGCCCUUGAAGGAGAUGAGAUUUUGCCAACAGUAACUGAUAUUUUAAAACUAGAAAAAUAUAUCAAUUCUCGUCAGGAUUUUAAGCAGGAUUGCUUGAAAUUUAUGGAUACUGUAAGACAACGCUUAUGCAACAUUGAGAGUAAAUUCAAGAGUCGAGGUGCCAGCAAUGAAAUCUGUCGGACAACAAAGAGUCAUCUUGAGGCAUUUCUGGAGGUUGUGGAGAAGAAGUACAGUAGAGCUGUAACUGAACCGGGAACUGCCGUUGGUGCUCUAGCAGCUCAGAGUAUCGGUGAACCAGGAACGCAAAUGACACUCAAGACUUUUCACUUUGCUGGUGUUGCUUCCAUGAACAUCACUCAGGGAGUACCUCGAAUUGUAGAGAUUAUCAAUGCUUCAAAGACAAUCUCCACGCCAAUUAUCACAGCAGAAUUGGAGAAUAACACUAACAUGGAAUUUGCCAGGAAGGUCAAAGGGAGAAUUGAGAAGACUACCCUUGGAGAGAUUUCUUCUUACAUAGAGGAAGUUUACAAGGCAUCAGAUUGCUAUCUUUUGAUUAAGCUUGACAUUGAUCGAAUCCGUGUCCUGGGAUUGGAAAUCGAUGCUGAAACAAUUAGAUUUGCUCUGAGAAAUUCAAAAUUGCGCCUAAAACCCAACAAUCUCGAAGUUUUGGGUAAUUCAAUAGUGAUUGUUCGUCCGGAUUCAAAUAAAAAUACCUCCUUAAAUGCCGAACUUCAACGUCUGAGCACGAUGAUUCCAAAUAUUGUUGUGGGUGGAUUAUCGCAUAUUUCCCGAGCUGUAAUUGCCAUCAAUGAUGCCAUUCAGCCACCAACGUAUCAGCUGUGCGUCGAGGGAUCUGGCCUAAGGGAUGUUAUGGCUACAUAUGGUGUACGUGGGAAUCAUACAAAGAGCAAUAACAUUUGGGAAGUAUUUAGCACAUUGGGCAUUGAGGCGGCUCGGACGACAAUCAUGACGGAAAUUGCUAGUGUAAUGAGUGGACAUGGAAUGAGUGUUGACAGUCGGCAUAUAAUGCUUCUGGCCAGUCAGAUGACCAGUCGUGGAGAAGUGUUGGGCAUCACUCGUCAUGGUCUAGCCAAAAUGCGAGAAUCUGUCUUCAAUUUGGCAUCGUUUGAGAAAACGGCCGAUCAUCUCUUCGAUGCAUCGUACUAUGGACAAGUAGAUUCAAUUGAUGGAGUUUCUGAGAGAAUUAUCCUGGGAAUGCCAGCAGGAAUUGGCACAGGGAUAUUCAAACUUCUGCACCGGAAUGAAAAUUAUGCCCUGGAGGAGCCAACGGAACCAAUAUUCUAUCUUAAGUAAGUUUUCUUUUUUCAAUAAACUUUAUUUUGUGUUUAGA